CCCCUUCUCUCACGUAGGCUAUAUGAGUUCCACGCCCCGUUCCUCCCCUUCAGUUAUCCUUCGGAGGGUGAUCGAAGCGGAAAGUUCCAGGGCUGUUCUGCGUACUGUGUGUCUGACCUCGACUGUUUGCCUUAAGCGCCACCUGCACCACCACCAUGCCUGGCCACAUCGUCAAGAGCACCGGACCGGACCCCGACCCCACCGAGUUCCUGUACGUGUCCCUGGAACAGAAGCGCAUCGACCAGACCAAGCCCUACGAUGCCAAGAAGGCCUGCUGGGUCCCCGACGAGAAGGAGGGCUACGUCUUCGGUGAGAUCCAGGGCACCAAGGGCGAUCUGGUGACCGUCCAGGUACCCGGCGGUGACACCAAGAACUUCAAGAAGGAUCUGGUGCUGCAGGUCAACCCUCCCAAGUUCGAAAAAUGCGAGGAUAUGUCCAACUUGACCUAUCUCAACGAUGCCUCCGUCCUGUACAACCUCAAGCAGCGUUACAUCACCAAGCUCAUCUACACCUACUCCGGCCUCUUCUGCGUCGCCAUCAACCCCUACAAGCGCUACCCGAUCUACACCAACCGCUGCGUCAAAAUCUACCAGGGAAAGAGGCGCAACGAAGUCCCCCCUCACAUCUUUGCCAUUUCCGACGGCGCCUACAUGGACAUGUUGCAGAACCACGAGAACCAGUCCAUGCUUAUCACUGGUGAGUCAGGUGCCGGCAAGACCGAGAACACGAAGAAAGUUAUCCAGUACUUUGCCAACAUCGCAAGGAAAAGUGAUACUUUUGAAAAGAAGGGAAAGCAGAAAGAAAUGCCCAAGUUCUCAUCUGGUAACCUUGAGGAUCAGAUCGUGCAGACCAACCCUGUCCUGGAAGCUUUCGGUAACGCCAAGACUGUGAGAAAUGAUAACUCCUCUCGCUUCGGUAAAUUCAUCCGCAUUCACUUCGGUCCCUCUGGCAAGCUGUCCGGUGCUGAUAUCGAGACCUACCUGCUGGAGAAGGCUCGUGUCAUCUCCCAGCAGUCUCUGGAGAGGUCUUACCAUAUCUUCUACCAAAUCAUGUCCGAUUAUGUGAAGCACCUGAAGACAAUGUGUUUCUUGUCGAAUGACAUCCACGACUAUUACUUUGUCAGUCAGGGUAAAGUAACAGUAGCAUCCAUUGACGACAAUGAGGAAAUGCAAUUCACGGAUACGGCCUUCGACGUGCUGGGCUUCUCUCAGGAGGACAAGGAUAACGUGUACAAGGUGACAGCUACCGUCAUGCACUUCGGCAACCUCAAGUUCAAGCAGAGGGGUCGCGAGGAGCAGGCAGAACCCGACGGCACUGAGACCGGCGACAUCUGCGGCAAGCUCCUGGGCAGUGACGGCGCCGAGCUGUACAAGAACCUGACGAAGCCCAAGAUCAAGGUCGGCAACGAGUUCGUGACCCAGGGCAGGAACAAGGACCAGGUGUACUACUCCGUCGGCGCCCUGGCCAAGGCUCUGUUCGACCGCAUGUUCAAGUGGCUCGUCAGGAAGUGCAACGUCACUCUCGAGACCGGCCAGAAGCGAGUCAUGUUCAUCGGUGUGCUCGACAUCGCUGGCUUCGAGAUCUUCGACUUUAAUGGCUUCGAGCAGCUUUGCAUCAAUUUCACCAACGAAAAGUUACAGCAGUUCUUCAACCAUCACAUGUUUGUUCUCGAGCAAGAGGAGUACAAGCGAGAGGGCAUUAACUGGGUUUUCAUUGACUUUGGGCUAGACCUACAGGCCUGCAUUGAGCUCAUUGAGAAGCCUCUAGGUAUCCUCUCCAUCCUUGAAGAGGAGUCUAUGUUCCCUAAGGCUACCGACAAGUCCUUCGAGGAGAAGCUGAAGACUAACCACCUGGGUAAGUCUCCCAACUUCAUCAAGCCGAAGCCUCCCAAGCCAGGCCAAGCCGAGGCCCACUUCGCCAUCGUCCACUACGCCGGCACUGUGCCCUACAACCUCACUGGCUGGCUCGAGAAGAACAAGGACCCGCUCAACGACACCGUGGUCGACCAGAUCAAGAAGUCGACCAACCAGCUGGCCAUCGAGAUCUUCGCCGACCACCCCGGGCAGUCGGGAGCACCCGAUACCAGUGGCAAGGGCGGCAAGCGGGCGAAGGGCUCAGGCUUCCAGACUGUGUCCGGCAUGUACAAGGAGCAACUUAACAACCUGAUGACAGUGUUGAGGAGCACCUCCCCCCACUUCGUUCGUUGCAUCAUCCCUAACGAGCACAAGGAACCUGGUGUUAUCGACGCCGCUCUCGUGAUGCAUCAGCUGACCUGCAACGGCGUACUUGAAGGCAUUCGUAUCUGUCGCAAGGGCUUCCCCAACAGGAUGAUUUACCCUGACUUUAAGCACCGAUACCGCGUCCUGUGUCCUCAACUGCUCCUCCAGGAACGCAAGGAGCAGGUUCCUCCCCGGCCUAGCGCAGAAAUGAUUCUAGACUACGUCAAAUUGGAGCCUAAUCAAUACCGUUACGGUCAAAACAAGGUGUUCUUCCGCGCCGGCGUGCUCGGUCAGCUCGAGGAGAUUCGUGACGACCGCCUCGCCAAGAUCAUCUCGUGGCUGCAAUCCUGGAUCCGAGGCUACACCAGCCGCAAGGCCUACAAGAAGCUCCAGGAGCAGCGCGUCGCCCUCAUCGUCGUGCAGCGCAACCUGAGGAAGUACCUGCAGCUCCGCACCUGGGCAUGGUACCGCCUCUGGCAGAAGGUCAAGCCCCUACUCAACGUCACCCGUAUCGAGGACGAGAUCCGCGCCCUCGAGGAGAAGGCCGCUAAGGCUGAGGAGAACUACGAGCGCGAGUCUAAGCUCCGUAAGGAGCUCGAGGCCGCAAACCUCGCCCUGCUCGAGGAGAAGAACAACCUUAUGGUCGCCCUCGAAUCGACCAAGGGCAACGUGUCAGAGUACCUCGACAAGCAGGCCAAACUCCAGAGUCAGAAGGCCGACCUCGAGGCGCAGCUCAACGAAACCACCGAGCGCCUACAGCAGGAGGAGGAGGCCCGCAACCAGCUGUUCCAGGGCAAGAAGAAGAUCGAGCAAGAGAUCUCCGGCUUGAAGAAGGACAUCGAGGACUUGGAGCUCACAGUGCAGAAGGCCGAGCAGGACAAGGCCACCAAGGACCACCAGAUCCGCAACCUCAACGAUGAGAUCGCCCACCAAGACGAGCUCAUCAACAAGAUCAACAAGGAGAAGAAGCACUUGCAGGAAUGCAACCAGAAGACCGCAGAGGAUCUGCAGGGCAUCGAGGACAAGUGCAACCAUCUCAACAAGGUUAAGGCCAAGCUUGAACAGACCCUCGAUGAGCUUGAGGAUUCUCUCGAAAGGGAGAAGAAGCUGCGAGGCGAGGUUGACAAGGCCAAGAGGAAGGUUGAGGGCGACCUCAAGUUGACACAGGAAGCCGUUGCCGACUUGGAGCGCAACAAGAAGGAGCUCGAGCAGACCAUCCAGCGCAAGGACAAGGAAGUGUCCUCCCUUGCAUGCAAGCUGGAAGACGAGCAGGGCCUCGUCUCGAAGCUCCAAAAGCAGAUCAAGGAGCUGCAGGCUCGCAUUGAGGAGCUCGAGGAAGAACUGGAGCACGAGCGCCAGGCCCGCGCCAAGUCCGAGAAGUCCAAGACUCACCUGGGCCGCGAGCUCGAGGAGCUGGGCGAGCGCCUGGACGAGGCCGGCGGCGCCACCGCUGCGCAGAUCGAGCUCAACAAGAAGCGCGAGGCCGAGCUGGCCAAGAUCCGCCGAGACCUCGAGGAGUCCAACAUCCAGCACGAGGCCGCCCUCGCCAGCCUCCGCAAGAAGCACAAUGACGCCGUCGCCGAGAUGUCCGAGCAGAUUGACCACCUCAACAAGAUGAAGGCCAGGAUGGAGAAGGAUAAAGAGGCUCUGAAACGGGAAGCUGAUGAUGCCAGAUCUGCCACAGACGGUCUUGUUCGAGAUAAGGCCGCUGCUGAAAAGAUGAACAAGCAGCUUCAGCACCAGAUUAACGAGAUCCAGUCCAAGCUCGACGAGGCCAACCGCACCCUCAAUGACUUCGACGCCACCAAGAAGAAGCUCGCCGUGGAGAACACCGACCUUCUGCGCCAGGUGGAAGAAGCGGAGAGCCAGAUCGGCCAGCUGUCGAAGCUGAAGCUGUCUCUCACCAACCAGCUCGAGGACACCAGGAAGCUUGCCGACGAUGAGUGCAGGGAACGUGCAACUCUUCUCGGUAAGUUCCGCAACUUGGAGCACGACAUCGACGGCCUCCGCGAGCAGCUGGACGAGGAGGGCGAGGCGAAGGCCGAUCUGCAGCGCCAGCUCUCCAAGGCCAACGCCGAGGCCCAGAUGUGGCGUGCUAAGUACGAGUCCGAAGGCGUCGCACGCGCCGAGGAGCUCGAGGCAGCGCGCCUGAAGCUCGCCGCCCGCCUCGAGGAAGCCGAACAGCAGAUCGAACAGCUGAACAUCAAGAACAUGAAUCUCGAGAAGACGAAGCAGCGUAUCGCCACCGAGCUCGAGGACAUGCAGAUCGAGGUCGAGCGAGCCACGGCGCUGGCCAACGCCGCCGAAAAGAAACAGAAGAACUUCGACAAGAUCAUCUCCGAAUGGAAGAUGAAGGUCGACGAUCUCUCGGCCGAACUCGACGCCUCGCAGAAGGAAUGCCGCAACUACUCGACCGAGCUCUUCCGUAUCAAGGCCGCCUACGAGGAGAACCUGGAGCAGCUCGACUCCGUGCGCCGCGAGAACAAGAACCUCGCCGAUGAGAUCAAGGACCUGAUGGACCAGAUCGGCGAGGGCGGACGAUCCCUCCACGAGAUCCAGAAGAAUGCCAGGCGCCUCGAGAUCGAGAAGGAGGAACUGCAGGCCGCCCUUGAGGAAGCCGAGGCUGCCCUCGAGCAGGAGGAGAACAAGGUGCUCCGCGCCCAGCUUGAGCUCAGCCAGGUCAGACAGGAGAUUGACAGGCGCAUCCAGGAGAAGGAGGAGGAGUUUGAGAACACCCGUAAAUGCCACCAGCGCGCCAUUGACUCCAUGCAAGCUUCUCUGGAGGCUGAAGCAAAGGGCAAAGCUGAAGCUCUCCGCAUGAAGAAGAAGCUCGAGUCUGACAUCAACGAGCUUGAGAUCGCCCUCGACCACUCCAACAAGGCCAACGCCGACCUCCAGAAACACAUCAAGAAGAUCCAGGGGGAGAUGAAGGAACUCCAGGCCCGCGUCGAGGAGGAACAGCGCCUCGCGUCGGAGUACAGGGAACAGUAUGGCAUCGCGGAGCGCCGAGCCAACGCCCUGCACGGCGAGUUGGAGGAGUCCCGCACGCUCCUGGAACAGUCCGACCGCGGCCGCCGCCAGGCCGAGGCCGAGCUCGCCGAGGCCCACGACCACAUCAACGACAUCACUGCGCAGAACGGCUCCCUCACCGUCGCCAAGAGGAAGCUCGAGGGAGAAAUGCAGACCCUGCAUGCCGAUCUUGACGAGAUGUUGAACGAGGCCAAGAACUCGGAGGAGAAGGCCAAGAAGGCCAUGGUCGACGCCGCCCGCCUCGCCGACGAGCUCCGCGCCGAGCAGGAGCACGCCCAGACCCAGGAGAAGAUGCGCAAGGCCCUCGAAGUGUCCGUGAAGGAGCUCCAGGUCCGCCUGGAGGAGGUCGAGACCAACGCCCUGAAGACCGGCAAGAAGGCCGUGGCCAAGCUGGAGAGCCGCGUCAGGGAGCUGGAGAACCAGCUGGACGACGAGAGCCGCCGCCACGCCGACGCCCAGAAGAACCUGAGGAAGUGCGAGAGGCGCAUCAAGGAGCUCAGCUUCCAGUCCGACGAGGACAAGAAGAACCACGAGAGGAUGCAGGACCUGGUCGACAAACUGCAGCAGAAGAUCAAGACGUACAAGCGGCAGAUCGAGGAGGCCGAGGAGAUCGCCGCCCUCAACCUGGCCAAGUUCCGCAAGGCCCAGCAGGAGCUGGAGGAGGCCGAGGAGCGCGUCGAGAACGCCGAACAGGCUGCCAACAAGGCCAAGGUGAAGGGCCGCGCCAGUUCUCUGGCUCGGAUGUCCCCGCAGCCCACGGCCCAGCUGUUGCAGAGGAUGAUGCAGUAGACAACCCCCCACCCCUACCCCUAUCCCCACCCCCACCCCCGUGUCCGGCCAGGUGUGACAUUCCCGGAGAAAGUGACGCCAUCCAUCUCGACCGACCGUCCCUCGAGACUUCCCAUCGAACUUCCGCGGUUUUUAAUGA